AUGAGUGAGAUUGCGAACUUGGGGUUCGAUGUUGAUUACUUCUAUAUUCCUUAUGGAGGUGAACUAAUCCCUCACAUAGUGGAAGACAAGUAUGAUUAUCCAUACGACGUUGGCUUGUUUAGUAGACUUGGACUUCACUGUUACAAUCUUGAGAAGGGAACCAGCCUCAGAUUGGCUGCUAUAAACAAAUACAACGAUGAGCUGAGGUUUACUCGGUGCCUCUAUUACUACAUAACGUCGGAGGCCAUUGACACAUCCACCAACUCUCUUUGCGAUUUUCAGACGUGUGUUUUCAAAGAUUUCCUUCCGGAACAUGCGUCCUUUGUCGCACAGACCGAAAUCUCCAGACUAAAAGGUUAA